AUUAGGUUGGUUGAUAUGAUCAUUCUUGUCUUGUUCCCCAGUGUUUCUCUUAAUGUGGACGCUAAUUAUUGGUUGAAUUUGGAUUCCUUUUUAUUGACAUCUUCUUUUCUGCAGAUUGGCCAGGGAACUUACAGUAAUGUUUACAGGGCUCGUGAUCUGGACAAACGGAAAAUUGUUGCUUUGAAGAAAGUUAGGUUUGAUAACCUGGAGCAAGAGAGUGUCCGCUUUAUGGCAAGGGAAAUUCAUGUUCUGCGCAGGCUUGAUCAUCCAAAUAUAAUAAAACUGGAAGGUCUAGUCACAUCAAGGAUGUCUUGCAGCUUGUAUCUUGUUUUUGAGUACAUGGAACAUGAUCUAGCAGGUCUCGCCUCACACCCUGGUCUCAAGUUUACAGAACCACAGGUUAAAUGUUAUAUGCAGCAACUUUUACGUGGACUUGAUCAUUGUCACAGCCGUGGUGUUUUGUAUCGUGAUAUAAAGGGUUCCAACCUUCUAAUUGACAACAGUGGCAUCUUGAAGAUAGCAGACUUUGGUUUGGCAAGUUUUUUUUAUCCCCAUCAAAUCCAGCCACUGACAAGCCGUGUGGUAACACUUUGGUACCGGCCACCUGAGCUCUUACUUGGAGCCACUUACUAUGGGACUGUUGUGGAUUUAUGGAGCACUGGUUGUAUACUGGCUGAACUAUAUGUUGGCAAGCCUAUAAUGCCAGGAAGAACAGAGGUGGAACAGUUGCAUAAAAUUUUCAAGCUUUGUGGCUCUCCAUCUGAGGAUUAUUGGAGAAAAUCAAAGUUGCCACAUGCAACCAUAUUUAAGCCCCAACAGCCUUAUAGGCGCUGUGUUGCAGAAACAUUUAAAGACUUUCCUACACCUGCAUUAGGGCUUAUGGAAACACUUCUUUCCAUAGAUCCUGCUGAUCGUGGAUCUGCAGCCUCUGCUUUUAAAAGUAAGUUCUUUACAGUAAAGCCACUUCCUGGUGCUCCUUCAAGCUUGCCUAAGUAUCCUCCCAGCAAAGAGUUUGAUGCAAAAGUACGAGAUGAAGAAGCUAGAAGGUACUUAUUGUUAGAUGGUUUGAGUGCAUAAUGUGAUGUUUAACAAUUAAGUAUACUUAAGGCACCCUGUUUUUCUACAUAAUAUAAUCCUGUUUGAAAGUGGAGCCAUACUUUGGCUUCCCAAAUGAAUAAUGCUUAAGUGGCAUCUAUG